AUGACGUCCAUACUAUGCCUUGCGCACUACUGCGAUCUACAUGGCCCGACCCCUCUCAUGGUCACUGAGGGUCUGCCGGUGCCCUGCGGGCAGUGCUGCGAUGAUACCAUCGAACCGGCACGACCACAAACGAGCGGCGCGGCGCGCGAUCCGCAGGCGGCUGUUACCGACACCCUGAGAAAGCUGACUAUCGGAGCACCUCGCAGCUCAUCCACUCCCGUCACUGACCAGGAGGCGCAAACACACCGCGAAUCGUUGAUUCGGGCGUCGAAGCUUGGGCCUGGCAGUACGGGCCAGCCGAUUACUGCGGCGUCCCCGACUAUGGCCUCCGCUAUUCAGACUCCGCCGCAGAGCCCACAGAAUACACCGUCAAACCCGAGCGAAACAAACGGCAAGGGUGCCUUGCGACGCGACUCGAGUUUCCGUCGAACCUACGAUGAUUUCGACACGAAGCGAGCGAACCCAUGUCAGAAUUGUGCUCUUACACUCCCUAGGCGACAAGACCCUCAAAGUCGCAAGGGCCAGGAUACGGCUCCAGCCGUGGACCCCAAACCCGAUCAGCGGGGUCCUACGCUGCGCACACGUGCUCCGUAUGCCCGUGUCUUCGGAGGUAGCAGCGAGAUCAGUCCACCGAGCUCUAAUCCGCAAUCGUCGUACCCCUCCGACACGGAAGAAGAUGCAGUAUCCAGAGAUAACAUAAAGCGUUCGAGUUCUCGCCGCCGACCAACCACAUCAACAUCGCGCUCAAGCCUAUCAUCCUCUAGGUCUAACGUGACACAGCACACUCAUUAUCUCGAUUACACGUCAACUCACGAAUCAGUCGUACCGACCACGUAUUCGAUUGUUCGCGCCUCGUGCUUGCGCACACUCUCCUUCGAAACGCUACCCCGAAGACCCGAAACCGCGCAGCAACUUUCUGCCCUCUCUGCGCCCGCUCCCGCUCCCCUGCCCUCAUUCCCAUACUCGAUUGGCCAUGGCCCAGGCUACCUCACCACAGCACCCAGCCCCCAAUCUGCAUCUAAUGGCGGCCCGAUCUUUUUCGGUGAUCCCCUGGCUGGCUACACAACGGCCUAUAUAUUCCGAAUUCCCGACGUGCAUGCGCGCGGUCGCAAGAGGGUUUACGCGUUCCUGGCGCUUAGCACCCACCGCGAACGCCUCGCCAUGAAGAGCUUCAGUUUCGUAUCCGGCGCGUUCCGCGAGUUGGCAAACUGGAUUCAAGAGCUAGCCGAAAUCGAAGCCGAGCGGGAGCGCGAACGCGAGGAAGCGAACAGCCCAAUUGCCGCGCUAAAUGCCGCGUACGGUCACGUCGGAUAUGUCGGGGAGGGUCCUCGUGAUAGUGGUGUCGGGCUGGGCCUAGGAGGCGGACCCGGCGACCGCGAUCGAGAGAGGGAGAGGAUAGCGGACACGAACAGCUUCUUGACAGGUGGUGCGCGCGGUGGCUUCGUUCAACGCAUGGGCGGAUCCAUGGGUCCUGGUGGAUUCGCACCCAAAGCCCGUGGGUUGGCCGAGCUAGUGGGUCUCCCCGACUUCUUCAUCGAGUUGCAUUCUCGCUUCGUGCAGCUACUUCUAGAGUUGGGGGUCGUCCUAGGCUCUUGA